GUACUGAGUGAGCUGUGAUCAGUCACAGCUUGUCACAUGGUGCAAGGCUGUUGUGAAUAGCCUUGUACCAUAUUUCACAGGUAGUAAGCAAUGAUGUCACAAAUUACUUUGCAUGUGAUCACUGAUUGGCCAAUCAGUGAUCACAUGAUCGGGACCUCGUACAGAGGUCCCAUUCGACGAUCGGUGUUUCACUGUGCCCGGAGGACACAGCGGGCACCGGAUCGCGGUGCUACGCGCUCCCAGGGAGCGGCCACCCGACCCUGCAGUGCCACCAUCCGGCCGUUUAUAUGCAACGGCCAGUCAGGAAGUGGUUAA